ACUUCCUGUACUGCAGUCACUUCCUCAUUGUCACAACACGUUAUGGAGGAAUCCUCCAACACAGCACAGAACUACAGAACAACCAGGAAAUUCCUGUCUUGCGUCUUGGGUUGCUAGGCAAUCUGGGUUUGGCCAGUGAAGGGAUCUUGCGUAUAUAAACAGCAAUGGAGCUUAGUAAGAGUAAGCAGAGCUACAGACAUCAGAGCAAGCAGAUUCCUGAACGAACAAGGAAGAUCCACAUCUGCAAGCAUGGGUGCCCUCUUCAGCAGCCUUUACCAAACUCUUAUGGGCUUCUCUGGCACCAAAGCUCGGAUCCUGAUGCUGGGUCUGGAUGCUGCUGGAAAGACCACGGUCCUCUACAAGCUGAAGCUGAAUGAGACGGUCUGUACAAUCCCUACCAUCGGAUUCAACGUCGAGACUGUGGAGCCCAUCCGUAAUGUGACAUUUACUGUCUGGGAUGUGGGCGGUCAGGACAAGAUUCGAGUCCUGUGGAAGCACUACUAUGUCAACACCGAUGGCUUGGUCUUUGUGGUGGACAGUGCUGACCCAGAGAGGUUUCUGGAAGCCAGGGAAGAGCUCAAGGCUAUUUUGGAGAAUGAUGAAAUGAGAGGUGUGCCAUUCCUGGUGAUGGCCAACAAGCAAGAUCUCCCAGGUGCCAGGAAACCCAUGGAGCUGGCGGAAGAACUGGGACUAACCAAGCUAAAAGGACACAAGUGGCACGUCCAGGGGUGCUGUGCCGCCAACGGAGAAGGACUGGUGGAGGGGCUGGAGGUCCUUACCAACUUGGUAAAGCAGUUCCAGAAGAACAGGACAUUCUGAGAAGACUAAAGUCAUGUUUAUCCAUGCUAUCUCUUCUUUUUCCGUCUAAGGAGCCGAUAAAGUAUACAGCACAAAGACUGUAUAACAUCAGCUUGCUCUUCACAAGCCAAAUAGUGGAGGAACUGUGCAAGGUGGUUCUCUCCACCAUCAAGGACCAUCAAGGGAAAGGGUUUGUGACUGUCAAGUAACAUUUUUUUUUAAAGGACUGGUUGCAAAAGCUAAAAAAGACUGUAGCUAACAAUGUAGAAAUGAACUGAUGAAUUUAAUAAGAGAAGGUCUCAUUGAAUAGACAGAAAGUGGGUUCUUUUCUUUUCGCAUGUACAAAAUAUGUGUCAAUUGUUUUAGACAUUUUGUUUAUAUAUUUAAUUAUUUUUUUAAUUAAAAUGUGAUAUUUCUUGAGUAAAAAUUGGUUGUAUUA